CUCGGAUCAUCACACGUCACCCACACCUGCCUCCGCGGCUCAGCUGGAUGGGCGCCAUGUCCCCAUCCAACCCCGUCUCCGGAAUCUGGACGCCAUCCCGUCCAGGUUCACUCCACCCCCCUCAUCUUCCUUCUCCCGGUCCCCUCUUCGUUGCCCCCAGAUCCCGCAAACCGCGACAAGAAACCGCCUAUCAGCGGACGUUGCUCGUUCUCAUCGCCCACCUCUGCUCCUCUCUCGUCUCUCCCCAUUCGGACCUCAGCCACCAUGGCUUCUUCAAAGAGGAGAGGCGGUGGUGGUGUUGCCGGCGGGGACAAGAAGGAUCUAUUCCAUGUUGUCCACAAGGUGCCCGCCGGCGACAGCCCGUACGUCGUAGCCAAGCACCUCCAGCUUGUGGAGAAGCAACCGGAUAUGGCAAUUGUGUGGUUCUGGAAGGCAAUCAACUCAGGGGACAGGGUCGACAGUGCCCUGAAGGACAUGGCCGUGGUGAUGAAGCAGCAGGAUCGUUCUGAGGAGGCAAUCGAGGCCAUCAGAUCCUUCAGGCACCUUUGCUCCAAGCAGGCUCAAGAAUCCCUCGACAACCUCCUCAUUGAUCUCUACAAGAAAUGCGGGAAAGUUGAGGAACAGAUUGAGCUUCUGAAACAGAAGCUGAAGAUGAUAUACCUCGGUGAGGCCUUCAACGGGAAGGCGACAAAGAAAGCACGAUCCCAUGGCAAGAAGUUUCAGGUCUCAAUCCAACAAGAGACGUCUCGCAUUCUGGGCAAUCUUGGCUGGGCUUACAUGCAGCAGAACAACUUUGAAGCCGCCGAAUUGGUGUACCGUAAGGCUCAAACUAUUGAACCUGAUGCCAACAGGGCGUGCAACCUUGGGUUGUGCCUAAUUAAGCAGGGUAGGCACGAGGAGGCACGACAAGCACUCGAGGAUGUUCGACUACGUAGAAUCUAUGGAUCAGAAGAUGAAAAGGUGGUUGCCCGUGCUGAGCAGCUUCUCCGCGAACUAAACCCAUUGAAGUGUGUUUCAUCGCCGUUUGAAGUUGGCCUCAGUGUCCAUGAAGAGAUCAUGGGUAAACUAGAUCUUAUGAUGAAUGAGUGGACGCCGUUCAGGUCAAGGAGGCUGCCUGUGUUUGAGGAGAUAGCAACUUUCCGGGACCAAAUGGCUUGUUGAUGCAUUAUUCUGCAUGGUUUUAUCUUGUCAGUGUCACCCUUCUAGAAGUUUUUGUUCAUAUACUGGGUGCGCGGGGGUGAGGGCGACAGUGAGAAAUAGAGAUCAGUAGAUAUCAUAUAGCUGGGGUUAUGCAAAGCGUUCCCUUUAGGAUAGUGUUGUUUUGGUUCAUGUUGUAUCAUUGUAUGGUUCAGAUUUUCUCAAACAGUGAACAAAUGUUGGUGCAUGUCCUGAACUUCUACAGGAUUUACAGUUGGCUGUUGUGAACU